AUGUCCACCUCCACUUAUAAGAAAUCGGAUGCAUCUGGACGUGGGUCUGGAUUGCCCGACAAAAUGGUGGUGUUCCAGGAAUGUCUCCAACAAUUCAAUGCCCUGCCGGUGAAUGCCAAAAAAUGUCGUCAUUUACUUGCUGAACUUUUAAGAUUGAUCUAUCAUGGUGAAGUAUUCCCAGCUGCUGAAUCAACCACCUUAUUUUUCUCAAUUCUGAAAUUAUUUCAACAUCGAGAUGUCGCAUUGAGACAAAUUGUUUAUUUGGCCAUAAAGGAAUUAAGUGCCACGUCACAGGAUAUUUUGAUGGUUACGUCAUCAAUCAUGAAGGAUAUUCAAGCUGGGGAAUCAGUCUACAAGCCAAAUGCAAUUAGAACAUUAUCUAAAGUUUUGGAUCCUUCCACUGUAUCAGCUCUGGAAAGAUUAUUUAAAAAUUCCAUUGUUGAAAAAAAUCCAGUGAUUGCAUCUGCUGCCUUAAUUUCUUGUUAUAAUUUGUUACCAAUUGCCAAGGAUGUAGUUAAAAGAUUUACAAAUGAAACUUUGGAACUGCUUUCAUCACAAAAGCAAUUCCCCGCUAAUCAAUUUGAAUUACAUGAAUUCUACGGUAGUGCCACCACCAAUUUGCCCCUGACCACAUUUAUGUAUCAAUAUCAUGCAUUAGGAUUAUUAUAUCAUUUAAGAAAUCAUGAUAAAAUGGCCUUAAUGAAAUUGAUUACCAGUGUACUGGAGGGUAGUAACACUGGUAGUAGUACUUCAUUGAAAAAUUCAUUAUCUAUUAUUCAAUUAAUUAGAUAUAUUGGUAAGGUUUUAACCGAUGAUGAAUCGUUAAUUCGAGUUCUUUACCCAAUUCUUUCAUCUUAUCUUAAACAUAAAAGUGAUAUGGUUGAAUUAGAAGCUUGUAAAAUUUUAAUUCAAGUUCAAAAUUUAAUUAAAGAUGAAGAAUUUAUGGGCAUCGUCACGUGCUUGCAGAAGUUAUUAUCAGUCCCAAGAACUUCUACAAGAUUUGCAGCCAUUCGUCUUAUUAAUAAAAUUUCUAUAAAACAUCCAGAAAAAAUCAUUGUGGUGAAUUUAGAAUUGGAAAAUUUGAUUAAUGAUUCAAAUAGAUCCAUUAGUACUUUGGCAAUUACAACCUUGUUGAAAACUAUGGGCGUUGGCACCGUGGCAAAUGUAGAUGGUGGUGAAAAUGUAGAUCGAUUAAUCACCAAAAUGACUUCUUUAAUGGAAGAUAUUACUGAAGAUUUCAAAAUUGUUAUUAUUGAAGCCAUUGAAAAUUUGGCAUUGAAAUUCCCCUCCAAACAUAAGAAAUUGGUGGCAUUUUUAACUGAUUUGUUGAGAGAUGAUGGUACUUUGGGAUUAAAAUCCGCCAUUAUUGAUGCUCUUUUCGAUUUAAUCAAAUUCUUACCCGACCAGGCAGCAAAGCAAUUGAUUUUAAUGAAUCUUUGUGAAUUUAUAGAAGAUUGUGAAUUCACUGAACUUUCAGUAAGAAUCUUACAUCUUCUUGGAGAUGAAGGUCCUUACACUGCCAAUCCAUCGUAUUAUAUUAGACAUAUUUAUAAUCGAUUGGUUUUGGAAAAUUCCAUUGUUAGAAGUUCAGCAGUUAUUUCAUUAUCGAAAUUCGCCGUGGUUUGUGGGGGUGAAUUACUGUCAAACAUUCAAAUCUUAUUGAGUAGAUGUUUGAAUGAUGUUGAUGAUGAAGUAAGAGAUCGUGCUGCUUUAUCGUUGAGAUUUAUUGCCAAUUCCACAAAACUGCUUGUUCUUCCAGAAAGUAAAUAUAAUUUGGCAGUUUUAGAAAACAAAUUGGCUCAUUAUUUGAAUGAUUCAUCAAAUUUCCAAGAAAAAUUCAAUAUUUCUGAAAUCCCAUUGUUCUCUAAUGAAGAAUUGAAGUCUAUGGAAUACAGUAGAAAGGUCAAUAAGAUGGAAAUUGAUAAUGAUGAGUCUGGAAAUAACGAUGAAUCCAAGAAUUCUGAACCGGCAGAUACCAAUGCACAAGACGAUCUUUCAGCUCAACUCCUUAAACAACAAGAAUACUCUCAAGAACUUGCAGCCAUUCCAGAGUUUGCCUCAUUUGGAAAAUUAACCAAAUCAAGCCCUACCCCAAUCUACCUUACUGAUAAGGAAAACGAAUACGUUAUCACCGUGGUUAAGCAUUUCUUUGUAGAGUCUCGUAAGUUGGUUCUUCAAUACAACAUCACCAACACCAUCGACCACAUGGUGUUGCAGGACAUUUCCAUGGUUGCUCAACCAGAUAACGAGCUGUACGAAGAAGAAUUCAUCAUUCAAUUGGAUGAAUUGAGACCAGACCAAACCGGUAUCGUGUACGUUGCCUUCAACACCCCAGAAUUUGGCGACGAAGAAUCUACCGCUGAAGCCGCUUUCGGUAACACCAUGACCUACAUGCACAAGGAAAUCAUCGACGAAGAGGGCAACAUUGACCCUGCUGACGAAGGGUGGGCUGAUGACUACCAAAUCGAGGACUUGUACGUUCUCCCAGGAGAUUUCAUCUUCCCAUUGUACAACUCUAACUUCACGGCGGUAUUUGACCAAUUGGAGCACGAGGACUCCCUGGUGUACAACUUGACCAAGUCCAAAACUUUGGAGGCAUCUCUCAACAAGAUCAGAGCCAACUUGAACAUGAUGGCGUUGGACGGGUCCGACUACGUUGCUGACGAUGCUGUGUCGCACUCAUUGAAGCUUUUGGGUAAGGAUGUGUGGGGCGGUAAGGUUGCUGCGUUGGUGAGAAUUGCCCUGACCAACGGUAACAUCGUGGCCAAGGUGCAAGUCAAGGCAGAAAACAAAUACGUUGUUGGUAUUGUCUUGGAUGGUGUUGUUUACUAG